UCAAAAACGAAGCGGCCUAUAUAAGAGCCGUUUCAGUGUCCAACUCACAUGUCAAACAAAAUUCAACCAUGUUCGCGAUUGUAUGGAUUGGUGUCUUAAUGGUGUCAGCUUCGCUGGCCUAUGAACAUCCUAUAAAGAGAUUUAAGCCAAUGGUUAUCGUUGCUGGAAGGCGACAAGGAUAUGCUCUUCCAGCACAAGGUUAUGCCAUUGCUCCGGCUACCGACUAUGCCCCGUCUGCCAGCUAUGGAGUCCCUGCUGCACCUUCAGGAUAUGGAGUUCCUGCAGCACCUUCAGGAUAUGGGGUCCCUGCAGCCUAUCCUGUUCCAAGUUAUCCAACUUACGAAUACCCUGAAGAAGAAGAGUCCAAAUGGCAAAAGUUCUCUGGAAUGAUCCAGAAAGGCAUCAAGGGAGGUGUUGAGAACGUAGAGAAAGGUAUUAAGGGCUCUAUGGACAAGCAGAAGGAGAAUAUGGAAAACAUGAAGGGAAUGAUUGAGAGCAUGGCUGCGAUGAAGAAAGAAAAGAUACAAGAAUUCAAAGAUACCAUUAAAGAACAUAUGAAGAGCAAGAAACAGAAACCUGUAGAAGAGUAUGAAUCUUAUGCUCCUGCUUACCCGGCACCAGUUUAUUAUGCACCAGCACCUGUGUACUCAGCUCCUGUAUAUUCACCACCAGCUUACGCUGCUCCAGCCUAUCCAGAGCAUCUUAUGAACCACCUUCCUACACAGCACCGUUGGCUGAACCAGAACCAAGUUACUUGCCUACAAUUCAAUCUUCAUACCCAACUGCUCCCAUUUCAGCAGUACCUUUUCCAUUAGCCAAUCCAUCUGCAUAUGCUUCAUCAUCAUCAGAUGAUAUUUCAGGACCAGCCAACACUGGAUCGCUUAGUUAUGCUCCGCCAUCAUCAUACCCAAGGGCGCCAUUACCUGUUCCUGUUCCGGUGGCAACUCCACCGCCUUACAGCGCAUCUCCCGCGGUUUUGCUUCCAGCACCUUCAAAUUUCGCCCCAACAGCACCAUCAACUGACUUUGCCGUUGGGUCUGCUUACGGAAAGUAAAAAAAAGAUUCAUCAUCAGUUUGAGUGUACAUAACCAAUGUGCUAUGAAAUACAAGGGGUUCUUUUCCCUCCAUUACAACAA